CCACUUCUCAUCGGACCAUUCUACUCACACCAAAUCUGCUUCUGACGCUAUCAUCCGAUUCGAUCUCCACCUCAGCAGACAACUUCUCUCCAGAUUUAAGGGUCCUGAGGGAGACAAAUAAGUUGGCUGAAAUGGAAGAACCACCUUUGCUGCCAGGGGAAACCAUUAAAGACAUGGCGAAGGAUGUUACUUACAUCUGCCCCUUCACUGGAGCAAUCAGAGGAACCCUUACUGUUACCAAUUAUAGGCUGUAUUUUAAAAGCAUGGAACGGGACCCUCCUUUUGUCCUAGAUGCAUCUUUAGGUGUAAUCAACAGAGUGGAGAAAAUUGGAGGUGCUUCCAGUCGUGGUGAGAAUUCCUACGGGCUGGAGAUUGUAUGCAAGGAUAUUCGAAACUUGCGAUUUGCUCACAAGCCUGAAGGGAGAACAAGGAGGUCCAUAUUUGAGAACCUCAUGAAAUAUGCUUUCCCAGUUUCAAAUAAUCUGCCACUUUUUGCAUUUGAGUACAAGGAGGUUUUCCCAGAAAAUGGAUGGAAGGUGUAUGACCCCACUUGGGAGUACAGACGACAGGGAAUUCCCAAUGAAAGCUGGAGGUUGACCAAGAUUAAUGAGCGCUAUGAGCUGUGUGAUACAUACCCUGCCAUUCUAGCUGUGCCUGUAAACAUUCCUGAUGAAGAAUUAAAGAGAGUAGCAUCCUUCAGAUCCAGAGGACGCAUACCAGUAUUGUCAUGGAUUCACCCAGAAAGUCAAGCAACGAUCACUCGCUGUAGCCAGCCAAUGGUGGGAGUGAGUGGCAAGCGAAGCAAGGAAGAUGAAAAGUACCUUCAAGCCAUCAUGGAUUCUAAUGCUCAGUCCCACAAAAUCUUCAUAUUUGAUGCAAGGCCCAGUGUGAAUGCUGUAGCCAAUAAGGCUAAAGGAGGGGGCUAUGAGAGCGAGGAUGCCUAUCAGAAUGCAGAGUUAGUGUUCCUGGACAUCCACAAUAUCCAUGUUAUGAGAGAGUCACUGAGAAAACUGAAGGAAAUUGUGUAUCCCAAUAUCGAGGAGACUCACUGGCUGUCUAAUUUAGAGUCAACUCACUGGCUAGAGCAUAUCAAGCUCAUUCUUGCCGGAGCCCUUCGCAUCGCUGACAAGGUGGAGUCAGGGAAGACAUCUGUGGUUGUGCACUGCAGUGAUGGCUGGGACCGGACCGCCCAGCUCACCUCCCUGUCUCUGCUCAUGUUAGACGGCUACUACCGGACUAUCAGGGGCUUUGAAGUGCUGGUGGAGAAGGAGUGGCUGAGCUUCGGCCACAGAUUUCAGCUGAGAGUUGGCCAUGGAGACAAGAAUCAUGCGGAUGCAGAUCGCUCUCCUGUCUUCCUCCAGUUCAUCGACUGUGUCUGGCAGAUGACGAGACAGUUUCCUACAGCAUUUGAGUUCAAUGAGUACUUCCUGAUAACCAUCCUGGACCACCUGUACAGCUGCUUGUUUGGGACCUUCCUGUGCAGCAGUGAGCAGCAGAGAGUGAAGGAGAGCCUUCCAAAAAAGACCGUAUCGCUCUGGUCUUACAUCAACAGCCAACUGGAAGACUUUACUAACCCCUUGUACGUGAGCUACUCCAACCAUGUCCUGUAUCCCGUGGCCAGCAUGCGCCACCUCGAGCUGUGGGUCGGCUACUACAUCCGCUGGAACCCCAGGAUGAAACCCCAGGAACCUGUCCACAAUCGCUACAAGGAGCUUCUUGCCAAGAGGGCUGAGCUGCAGAAGAAAGUGGAGGAGCUGCAGAGGGAGAUCACCAACCGUUCCACCUCAUCCUCAGAGAGAGCCGGCUCUCCCGCGCAGUGCGUCGCUCCUGUACAGACAGUUGUAUGAUAGGGACUAUUUGUGCCAAGUACCUUCCCAGGACCACGGGGCAGCAUUUCUGAGCCCCUUUGCUUUCCAGUGUGGUGUCUGGGAGAUGCCAACCUAUUUAUUUAUUUCUCUCCAGGGUAAUUUAUUAGUACUGUAGCACUAGAGGAAGCUUAAGCAAAAAGAAACAAACAAGGCCCCCUCUGCAAUUAACCUUCUCAGUGGCUAGAUGAUAAUACAAGGUCAUUGCACUUGCCACCUAAAAGAAACCUGGAGCUCAGUCUUUGUUCACUUAUGUGGAAAUCACUUGGUUUUGAAGAGAGACUGGGCGCUAGGAUAAAGUACAGUGGAGGAAAAACAUCCACUCACAAGUAUGGAAACUCUCCCCUUUGCUAAAAGGAAGUAUCAGCUCUGACUCUGUUGAAGCCUAGAAAACAGCCAUGAAGUGAGGAACCCUCCAGUGUUAGUUCCUGCACAGCAGUGUUCAUGAGAACAUUAGCCAACAGGGACAAGCAGUGACAGCCACUGGAACAUAUCACUUUCUUGCUUUUCCCUUCACUUUGACCUGGACCAUAGGAAGCCAUGUAAAUGAUGCCUUAUCUGAAGAAAUGGCAGCUUCUACCGAUAGGGGACAGUGGUAGAGGAGCAAUCGACAGGACAAAGUUUACUUCCAUCUCUGCAACUUAAGAGUCUUGUUUAUGGUUUACACUGGAUGUGCAGGAUGCAGCUUCAGCCCCUCUCUGUCAGAGGGGAGCAGAGCACAACUCCCCCAGGGUUUCUGCAGCUCCUCUGUCCUCCAGUGCCUCAGCCUCACAAGGUUAUGGAACACUGAGUGGCAUGUGUGAGCUGCUGGGAUCAAUCACUUCAUUCCUCUUAGGUAAACCUCAUUAGUGCUUUUAAUGCUUCUGUGGAGGAUCAUAGUGGCGUACUUAAGGUGUUUCAGUGUUUUGUUAACUAAACUAAUGGAAGCAACUGUGCAUCAACCAAAGAAGCCUUUCUGCCUGCAUUGCAACUGCUGUUUAAAGUUAUUCAGAACAAACAGCCAGUUUCUGAGCCCUAGGUUGAGGUCUCUUUCCUCAUAGUGUACUUCAAGAGUUAGUGGCACCUGACUACACUUAAGUCCAAAUUCAUUUUUAAUACAGAAGUUUACUGUAAAGGUGAAGAUAAAACACCAAGUGGGUGAAAUCAUGCCUGCCUCAUUGAUCUUUCAAACAGGCGAGUACAAGGUUAUAGAAGACAUAUCUGACAGCAAAGGGAGUUAUGCAAGUGUGAGGAUCUUUACUCCAGCCUGAUUCUCAUCUCCAGGCUGAGGGGCAUUGCUUGGUCUGGGUUCCUGCAUGGCUCCUUGACAGGAUCCCACACUGUGCUCACCAUUACCAUGCUGCUUCACUCAGCUUCUCUUCCCCAACAGGAAGUAUUUUCUGAGGGAGUACAAGAGCAGACCAACUUACAUGUAAGAAAUAGCCUUUCAAAAGCCACAUUCCUUCAAAAGCAGUAACAGUCAUUCCCCUUCGGUCUCCAUUGCCAUCUACUCUACUGCAAUCAGUGUCUCAGUGCUUACACAGAAAUCCACAGCCACCUUCUGACAGGAGGAAUCACAGGCUGUAUGGAUCACUGCACUUGUUAUAGGGUGGCCUGGGAUGUAUGGUAUUGUUCAAUGGUGCAAAGAAUCCACACACACGAGACCUGGAGAACAUGGAGUUGUUGUAAGGGUAAAGGGCAGGAUCUGCUUGUAUGUACAAUCACUACAUAAGAUGGUUCAGAACAUUAUUCUAUAUUAGCAAACUGACUGUGUGUAUAUUUUGUUUCUUAAUGAAGGCUGUUUGGAUUCCUUAACACUAAUAAAAAUGGAUAUGUGGGUAAA